AUCUUACACAUAAUGGAAAUGACAGCCAUUUGUUGAAAAAAUAUUUAACCUAAAACCUACAGAGACAAAAUAAGUUUCAUAACAUGAAGUUCCGGAACCUAUACUUAAGGCAAAACGAGGGCUAAUACUUCACAGGAACAAGAUUUUUAUUACGAAAGAGUCUUAAAUCAAAAAUCUCUUAGAAAUCCAUUGAAAAAGCGUCUACAGCAUCUGUUAUAUCAUGGUGUGAGAUAACAUAUUAAAGACACUGCCAUAAAUGAAAUAGACAACGACACCAAACACCUAUAGAUUUAAUAUCUAAUGGCAUUUCGGAAACGUUAGAAAUUGUGACGUCAUGCGUGAACCAGUCGAGAAACCAGAUAAAACUUCGACUGGCAUGCGUAAAAGAAAAAGCUCGAUUAUAAAAUUCUAAAACAAGAAUUUCCUAAAUUCCUAUAUCACCUUCACCUGAUCCUUUUCCCUUCCGUGGAUCAGAGCAUCAUAAUAUGUUCUACAUACAAAGGCGUCGCCAAGGGGGGUAGGGAGGGGCAAAGUCCCAAGUGUUUGACUUGACUUGCUUGAUCGAUCAUUCCCGUACGUCGAAACUAGAAUGAAUUCACCUAUUCCAUUGCUAAUAUUCCGUAGGAUUAAUUACGCUCCGCUCUAUAUUAUUGUUAAAGCGGGAGAGGGAGAAUGGGAGAAGAACAUGUGCUCUGUACUUUACAUACAAUUCAUACUUAUAUCAACCCCCCAUUCGGUCCAUCGGCCGGCGACGCUCUUGUUUGCAUAUAAGCGGUGGACAUCACCUAUAUGUAAACCUAAUGCUCGUCUGUCACCAUUUUCCUAAGAAAAAAAAACCUCUGAAAAUUGUCUUCCAUACCCACUCCUCACCUUUUCCACACACCCCCAUUCCAGAAUCUGUGCAACUCGUCGAGCGCGAACAUCCCCAUAUCGUUGAUAUCCCGGAAGUUGCUCGGCAUGUCGGCGAGCAACACCGCCGACACACACUCUAACGACAUCACACGCGAUAAGGUUUUGUUUUUUUAGCGUUUUUGAGUGGCUUUAAUGGACUGAUAAUGUUAAUGGAUAUAGAAUCAAAGGAUUACAUACAUAUUAUGUUAUCAUUGUGCAGUUUGUUCGAUUAUAAUUGUAAGGGCAUCGUAUUGCAUAGUCUACAAUCUAAUUAUUAUGCGAUAAAUAUAUUUUAUUUUGAAAACUACUUACAUGCCUGCGAUAAACAAAUAAAUCCCCUGGUAUUGCGGAGUUUCAUGAAUGAUGAGCAUCAUUUUCCGUCACGUGAUUCCUAUAACUAGUUUGACGGUUUUGGUCUAUAAAUAUAUCUUUGAUGUUUGUGAUUUUGACAAGGUCGUGUUAUAACGUGUGAUCGGGUUAAAUUAAACGUAAAUUUUACAUUAGUAGGUAAAUAUCUACAAUUUAUUCAUAGUAGAAAAAUGCAAAGAUAAACAGGAAGCUUUUAGGAACUACCUUCAGUUUUCUGAUAAAAAAUAAUAUUGAGGUAAUACUAAUUGAAUUUCUGAAAUCCGUAAAACAGUAUCCGUCUAGACAAAACAUUAUCGAGCUGAUGCAAGUGUGCCAAAACUACACAUCGUCGGAAAUGUUGGACGAAUGCGACCAAUAUGUGAAACAAAAUUCGCCAAACACUUGGCCAAACGACUCAAACGCUGUUCAGUACACGAACUGCGACGAAAACGACCAACCGUCAAUGUCGGAGCGAGCGACCAAUGUUGGCGAUAGAAAGACGACUGGCCCAGUGGUUACUGAUGAUGACUUGACCUGUGCAGAAUGCGUAGAGAAUAAUUAUUGGAUGGACAACAAAGUAGCUAAAAGUUUGAAUGAUAAGCCUGGUUCCGAUCACAAGAAGAAAAAAGCGACAUUUCAUACCGAUUCCUCCCUCCUCACCUUCCACCACCUUUAUCCGUCGAGCCACGACCAAAUCGAUUCGAAAUCUAUUGAUUAUAAAACUUUUAACUCUGACAUCGAUUUAAACUUGAAAUCGAUAGAUGCGACCAAGCCUUAUUACAGAGACAUCCAAUGCCAUCGUAACGAUGAUAAUUAUCGACAACCGAAUCAAGAUAUCGGUUGUAAAUCGUUUAAUAUCGAUUAUUCCCAGUAUAACAGUUCUAAUUCGAAUUGCCAUAUCGAUUGCAUUCGAACAGAUUUUUAUAACCACGACUGUCUUAUGAAUGACGUAGAUUGCAAUAAGAUUCCUAAUUCAAUCGAUUGUAAUAAUCGAUACCCAGAAUAUGAGAGAAGGAAUGUGUUUUACGAUAAAGAAAGUAAAGAGGAAAGAGCUGCUUUACAUAAACGAAGGCAAGAGACGGAUCAAAUAAUGUUGGACCAACUUGCUAGAAUAUUAGCCAUAUUGGAGAGGAAUCCUACUUGAAACAGGUUUGCUAAAUGUAUCAAAUAUCUCGUUGGAUUCUACUGGGGGUAAUUUAUUAGGCACAGUGAAAUUGGACCAUGAUAAGAAAAAAAUGUACCACAUGGAAAUGGCUUAAAAUGUUACUAGUCGGCCACGUAAGAUUGUCGGCGACAACUUUACUUGAUAUGUAUUAGUGUGGUUGGGGAAAGUGUGUUAUUUUCAAUAUUUUAAUUGUGUAAUUAUUUUUGU